AUGUCGUCUACUUCGUCAGUUACAUGCGCAGCACCUAGUCAUGUUUACGCUGGGGUCAUUUCAAAUAAAACAGACAAACCAGUAUUAUGCACAAUACAUUACUCAUCGGGUCCAAACCGUCAACAUGAAGAAUCAAUUUCAGUAAAACUCGACUGUGGUGGUCAAGUUUGUAUACCCGAACGAGAGUAUCAACCGACGCCUGAGACUCCAUUUAUUUGCCGUAAAAUUAUUAGUCGAUUGGAUGUACAAACCGAAGAACAAACGUUCUCAGUUGAACAACCAUUUGAUGGUGUAACAUAUCCGGUUACGGAGUGGAAGUUCGAUGUGCACAACGAUCAUAUCGCUUCGAUUAAUCCAAAUGCACGAAUUAAAACGCGCGAGUCCACUGAAUAA